AUGGGGAAGGUGCUAUCUAAAAUCUUCGGGAACAAGGAAAUGCGGAUCCUCAUGUUGGGCCUGGACGCGGCCGGCAAGACAACAAUCCUGUACAAGUUGAAGCUGGGCCAGUCAGUUACCACCAUUCCCACGGUGGGUUUCAACGUGGAGACGGUGACUUACAAAAACGUCAAGUUCAACGUCUGGGAUGUGGGUGGCCAGGACAAGAUCCGGCCGCUCUGGAGGCAUUACUACACCGGGACCCAGGGGCUGAUCUUCGUAGUGGACUGCGCCGACCGCGACCGCAUCGACGAGGCCCGCCAGGAGCUGCACCGCAUUAUCAAUGACCGGGAGAUGAGGGACGCCAUAAUCCUCAUCUUCGCCAACAAGCAGGACCUGCCUGAUGCCAUGAAACCCCACGAGAUCCAGGAGAAACUGGGCCUGACCCGGAUUCGGGACAGGAACUGGUAUGUGCAGCCCUCCUGUGCCACCUCAGGGGACGGACUCUAUGAGGGGCUCACAUGGUUAACCUCUAACUACAAAUCCUAAUGAGCAUUCUCCACCCAUCCCCCGGAAGGAGAGAAAUCAAAAACCCAUUCAUAGGAUUAUCGCCACCAUCACCUCUUUCAAUUGCCACUUUUCUCUUCUCUUGAAUUUGAACUCUGGAGUUACUGUUCUACGGUUUGGGAGGGGUUGGGGUUUAUUUUGUUCUUGGUUUUCUUUUCUUUCCUCUUUUUUUUUUUUGGCUUUGCGUUAGGAUGCUCUGAUCUGAUAUUUGACAUGAACACAAAGUGCUAGAUAUUCUCGUUGACUUCCAGCAAAUGGGAUGGGGGAAAUAUAGCAGUUCUUGGUAAAGUCCUUUAUAAUAAUGGUUUGAUUUUUUUAUUUCGAGAGAAUCUUUUUUUUCCCCAAUGUAUGCUUUUUUCCUUUUUGCCCAGUUUCCUUAUCACUUGCUGUACUGUAGAUGGCUUAUUUUGCAUUCAUGCAGACUGUGUUACAAGUCUGUUUCAUCUAGUAAACUGAAAAUUAUUGCUUAAUCAAACUGCCGUUUGUCUUUUAUAUUUAAGGCCUUCCCCCCCUUCCUUAUGAAUUAUAAUUUAGUAAUUUCAAAUGUGACCUUUUAUAUCUAAGACCAGUAUAGUAAACUUAGCCCACAGUGGCAAAUAAUGAGUAAUACCAUUGUAAUAUGUUCCAGUUGCACAUCAGUAUGUUAAACAGGUAAUGUAAGAAGUUCUUUGAAAUGUCAGCUAUUAAGUUCUGAAACAUACAUCAUGCAUGAGUAAGAAUAAAACCCAAGUUCCCCUUAAAACUUAGCUAACUUUCAGCGCAUAAAAAUAGGAAAGUGUAACCCGUCAAGGACACAGUUUUUUUUUUUUUUUUAACUACAAAGUUAGCAACUUUGCAGUUUUCCCUUUUUUAACUUUAAAAAUAGACUCCUUCCAGAAAAUGGAGCAAUAAUGGUGUAUGCUACACACAGAUGAAAUAUUUGUAGAUAUUUUAAGUAAACUUUGGGCAAAACUGGAAUAUAUACCUUAACUUUGUUUCCCGUGUCUAAAACCAGUAGUUUUUAAAUUACUAAGACAUUUACUUUGUCAUUAAAAAGCAUUUAACAGUUCAAAUUAUAUGCACCUUUUAUCUACUUGGAAAAAUAUACAUUCCUGUUUUCACAUUACAGCAACUGAUUAAGCUGAAAUAAGUCAUUUUUUUAUAGAUGAGUGAUCCACAUCUCCAUUAAUUAGAACACUGGAAAAAUGUUUUAUAAAAAAGAUAUUUAAUUUUGUUUGAUUGUAGGAUUAAUUCAUGCAAAUAGUAAAUCAGAUAGUCUGUUGGUUCAGUAGUACACUGUCUCCUUUAAGGAAGGAAAUGUGAUGAAUGAAUGAUGUGUAGACUUGGGGUGACAAUUAAAAGAGAAGUAGGAUGAAGAGAAAGAACCUACAGAUGACAAUGAAUGUAAACUUAUUUUUCUUCAAGGAUAAGCAGUGUGCUCACUGGUAAUAUCCAGAUCAUAACAAGAUUACUUGGUUAGCUGGUUAGGACCAGUGACUAGAUUGAGACCACUAUGAAAAUAUUAUGAACCAAAUGUUAAUGCUUGAUAUACAGAAUUGUAAAGCAGCAUCUGGUUCUUAUAUAGCCUUAAGGAUGAAUUUUAGCAGUCCUCAAGGAAUUAAACUUAGGGUAUUUCAGAACUGUAGGCUGCAAAGGCAGUGUACAGGAAAAGGUAGAGUGGGUUUUGCUUAUGAGGGUAUCUGAAAACUAAAACUGAGCGGUAUAUCAUGGUAUAGUUGGACAGUAUUGGUCCUUCAUUCUUCGGCCAUAUUGUAUAAUGGAGCUUUAACCAAAGAUAUAUGAGAAGCAUAAGGCUAUGGAAAAUCAACUAGUCAAAGUAAAACUCUUGACAAACAUAUAUACUUAAAGCAGAUUAGAAAAGGUGCUAUGUUGUAGGCUCCUGCCAGUGCAGAAGGGUUUUUGAAUUCAAGAUGCAACUAAAUUACAAAGUUCUCAGUUUCACUUUAGUAGAAGUAUCUCUAGAAAUGAAGCAGAUAAACACAUCUAAGAACAUUUUGUUUGCCUUCUAAAAUUUCCAAAGCUCCACCAUAAAUAUAAUUCUUAGUGUUUUAAAUGAUUACAUUUUAAGGUACAUAAGUAAUGGGUUAUGCAAAAUAUCAAUGCUACAGUAACAUCCUGAAACAAAACAAGCACAAAGGUAUAAAUGCCUAAACUGGAGGAAACUUGAAACCCUCAUGUUAAUUCUUAAAUGUAGUAUUUCUAACUUGUGACAGACAUAUUGGUAGGCAGCCAUUUUUGUGAAUUAAAAUAACUGGGGGCAUAGUUAAAAUUUUAUAUAUCAAGUGAUCGCUAUUGAAUGUUGCAGGUGAGAUGUUAUUUUUAGUUUUAUUUGAAAUGUCUGAAAAGGAGGGAGGGGGAAGCAAAUAUUUGAAAUUUGGAAAACCCUAAACCUUUUGCUAAGAAAUUGUAAUUUUCACUUAACAUUUUCUUAAAGGAUAUAAGGGGUUUAUAAUUGAUGUAGUUAAAUUGGAUAGUAACUAUUGGUAAGAUUAUGGAACAGGUAAUUACAGCCCACAGAAAAAGUUAUAAUCUUAAGGAUUAAAAAAAAUAAGAUCCUGAAGUUUUUGUUUAAUUGCAUCAAUUUCUGUAUUUAUGUGAAACAGUAAGUUUUGAAUGAGGUUACUCUUGUCUAAGUAAAUGAGUCUGUAGACUGUGAUCUCCCCAAACUAAAAAGUACAGUACAUGGAAUUGUGUUCUUUAUGGUUGUAGUGUUGGUAAAGCACUAAUAUGCAGAAAAUAAAGGAAUUACACAGUGCA